AAAUUCGAAUGCUCCACGUUGAAAUUAGGUAAAAACAGCCACUGGAAGUUUUUAAGGGCAGAAACCCUAGCUGCUCAUCUUCUUCUCCCCGGUCGGGAACCCUAACUUCUCAACUACUGUAAUUCAAACCGAGGAUUCUUGAUUUCUUCUUUGUACUAAAAAAAUGGCAAGGGGAAGGAAGCUAAAAGGAAAAAUUCAAGAAGAAGAAGAAGAAGAAGAAGAGAAGCCGGUGAUAGAAGUGAGCAGCGGCGAUGACGACGACGAGGCGAACGAGGAUCUGAGCUUGAAGAUCAUUGAGAAAUCGCUACUAAUGCGGGCGGCUAAGUUGGUUCAAAAUGAGAAUGAUGUUGUCGUUUUGAAUGAUGAUGAUAAUUUUGUUAAGAACGAUAGCGGGGUUAUUGGUGUCAGCUGUAGCGGUGGCGGUAAUGAGGGGAAGAUUGUGGAGUUGGCAGCAUCUUCGUCGAUGGUGGUUGAACCGGUUGUUAAGAAUCCCACUUCGUUGAAGAGGAGGAGGAAGAAGAAGAUUCAAAAGAUGGAAACUGGAGACCAAUCUGUUGUCAUUGCAAAGGAAGUGGAAAAUGCUGAAACAGUGGAAAAAGUGGAUCCUAUAGAGAACGCAGAGGCAAUUCAGAGCACAGUACAAUUGGUUGAAAAUGUAGACACAAGUGCCCUUGACAUACCUGAGAAUAUUGUGCUGCGAAAGCUUCUUCGAGGCCCGAGAUACUUUGAUCCUCCCGAUAGUGGCUGGUCAACAUGCUAUAAUUGUGGCAAGGAAGGUCAUAUGGCAGUGAAUUGUCCAUCAUUUGAGAAGAAGAAAAGGCCGUGCUUUCUUUGUGGGAGUUUGGAGCAUGGUUUUAAGCAAUGCUCCAAGGAACGAGUCUGCAUUAUUUGCAAAUCAAGUGGCCACCGUACAAAUCAUUGCCCAGAGAAACAUAAAGGUGGACCUCAGAGUUCAAAAGUAUGUUUAAAAUGUGGAGAUUCUGGGCAUGAUUUGUUUUCUUGCAAGAACAAGUAUUCUGUUGACGACCUCAAGGAGAUACAAUGUUACAUCUGCAAGAGCUUUGGCCAUCUAUGUUGUGUUAAUGUUGUCGAUAAUAGCCCAAGAGAAGUUUCUUGCUAUAAAUGUGGUGAACUUGGUCAUACCGGUUUGGAAUGCUCAAGUUUUGAUGAGGAACCCACCACUGCACCUUCACCUAGUUUGUGCUACAAAUGUGGUGAAGGAGGACAUUUUGCACGCGAGUGCACAAGUUCUGUCAGGAGUGGGAAGAGGAAUCAUGAAUUAUCAACCCCUGCUUUGAGGCCUCGUAGAGUGGAUAAAAAAAUUCCAGGAUUCAAAUCUGCUCCUCAAGAUCUUGGCAAGUCUCAAAAAAGGAGAAAAAACAAGCCUGAAGAACAAAGCAACACAACCCCGAAAAAAUCAAAACAAAGAGGUGGAUGGCUUACAGAUGAUUUUGAAGAUUCAUCCAAGUCAAAGUCCAAAAAGAACCGUUGGAGGUCUCCUUCAACGCCAUCUUAUAAGGGUCAUCAGAUUUCUGUUUUAACCUCAGAUGGUCGGAUGUCAAAUUCUCAGUCUUCCAAGAGAAUGUACAAGAGUCAUUCAGGUAUGUCAGGUUCUCAAUCUUACAAGAAAAUGCAAAAUGGUCAUUUAGGAUCUUCGUCAUUUCAAAGUUCGACUACACCUUACGAGAACAGAUACUCUGCGUCAAGGUUUAGCUACUCUGGCCGUUCAGAGUUUAGGGGAAAUUAUAAUUGGUGGUAGAAACUUAGCUUUGUAUGUAACAACAGCAAAGAAAUUAUAGACUUGUUCGCUUUUCUGAUACAUUGAGCACUGUAACCUUGUAACACUGCGAGCUUUUGUUUUAAGUUAUUUCUUAAUGAAGCUGGUUUCUUGAUACA